GGCUUGCUUGAUCGUGUCCUUUGUGUUCCAGUUGGGGCUCAUAUCCUCCUACGUGGUGUGGGCCGUUUCCCGGAGCUUCAACAUGUUCCUUCUGUUCCGUGUGAUCGGGGGCAUUUGUAAGGGCAACGUCAGCCUGUGCACCGCCAUCGUCGCCGACCUGCCUUGCCCAAAAGCACGGAACAGAGGAAUGGCGAUGAUCGGCAUUGCCUUCUCCGUGGGCUUCACGGUCGGACCGCUCAUGGGAGCUUACUUCGCCGUCACCUCCAGAACAACAGGGAACGUCUUCUUCCAAACCCCGGCUCUGAUCGCUCUGGCGUUCAGUGUCGCCGACCUGCUCGUCAUUUGGCUGAUGCUGCCAGAGACGCUGACAGAGAAUGUCAAGGUCAGUUUGGGAAAAGUUCUGCUCCUGAAGUCCUUUUGUACAUCCACAACAGGGGCGGACUUACCGUUAGGCUGAGGGAGGCGAUUGUCUGGGCCCCCGAGCUGAA